CCCGUCUUCUCCUCGGCCCCGGCCGUAUAUAUCGAGCGCCUCCUUGCGGAGACCUCUGUUGCGACGCCGUUCCUCCGCCCGAAGCCCUCUCGUCCUCGAGGCCGUGCCGCCGCCGGAGGAAAGGGGAAAAAAUAAGAGAAAGCCCUGGUUCUCACAAGAUACAAUCCUUCUCGGUCUGCCUCUCAUGGAAACUUCAAAUUCCCAGGCAACACAGAUCAUUGAAGUAAAUGUGGACAUGCCUGUGGGGUUGUCUGGUUUAGGUGGGUACAAGACUUGUGGAGGUGCUGCUUGUGAUUUCUCUGAUUCUAAAACCAGCUCAGAAGAUGCCAAAGAGAGAGCUGCAUCCAUGAGGAAGCUUCUAGUUGCUGUUGUGCUCUGCAUCGUAUUUAUGAGUGUAGAAGUUGUUGGAGGCAUUAAAGCUAACAGCCUUGCAAUCUUGACUGAUGCUGCCCAUCUCCUUUCAGAUGUCGCAGCUUUUGCUAUCUCCUUGUUCUCACUCUGGGCAUCAGGAUGGGAGGCAACACCACGGCAAUCAUAUGGUUUCUUCCGAAUAGAGAUACUUGGAGCACUGGUUUCUAUUCAGAUGAUAUGGCUUUUAGCUGGCAUACUGGUCUAUGAAGCUAUUGCAAGAAUUAUUCAUGACAGUGGGGAGGUACAUGGCUUCCUAAUGUUUGCUGUUUCAGCCUUUGGUUUGUUGGUUAACAUUGUCAUGGCUGUUGUGCUGGGUCAUGAUCAUGGCCAUGGUGGGCACAGCCAUGGUCAUGGUGGACACAGUCACAGUCAUGGUGAGUCCGACCAUGAUCAUUCUCACCAUGAAGGCGACCACGACGACGACUAUUCGGAUUGUAUAGAGCACAGACACAGCCAUGGCAUUAGUGUCACAACCCAUCACCAUCAUUCGAGGGAGGACAUACUCAAGGAUGAGCAAGAACCACUCCUUAAACAUUCAGAGGACUCCUUGGAUGGGAAUUCUGGUAUCAAGGGAACUAGGAAGAAGAAGAACAAGAAGGAAAGGAACGUAAAUGUCCACAGUGCUUAUCUGCAUGUGCUUGGAGACUCCAUUCAAAGCAUCGGAGUGAUGAUAGGAGGGGCUAUCAUAUGGUACAAGCCUGAAUGGAAGAUCAUUGAUCUGAUAUGCACACUCGUCUUCUCUGUUAUAGUGCUGUUGACUACAAUCAAGAUGCUAAGGAACAUACUGGAGGUCCUCAUGGAGAGCACACCACGGGAGAUUGAUGCAACAAGGCUCGAGAAGGGGCUGUGUGAGAUGGAUGGCGUGGUUGCUGUUCAUGAGCUGCAUAUAUGGGCCAUCACAGUGGGGAAGGUCCUGCUAGCUUGCCAUGUAACAAUCACACCAGAUGCGGAUGCUGAUCGUGUACUCGACAACGUGAUAGGAUAUAUCAGGAGGGAGUAUAACAUCAGUCAUGUAACCAUUCAGAUAGAGCGCCUGUAGUAGAUCUGUUUUGUUAGAGAUGAGUACCCGACGAUAGUCGGCAGUUGCAAUAAAUUUAUGUACUAUUUGUGGUUUCACUGUGUUCAAAACUCAAUUAUUUUCUGCUUCAGCUGAUCCUAUGUGCAUUUCUUU